AGUUGCCAAACAUAUUUUUGUUUCAGUUCUAUCUGCUUCACUUAGUCUUAGUAAUUUUACUGAUUGGCCAGCAGCACGAACAGGGCCGGAUGAGCUGGGUCAUUUUUAUUUGAUCCACAAUAAUGUAUAUUUAUGCAGCGAAUAAUAAGGUAUUUCGCGAGAAACGGAUUCUCGCCUAAAUUUGCAGACCGCGGUGACAGCUGUCGUCGUUUCGAGAAGAAACGAUGACAGACUGCACCGACAAUUUGGAUCAGACGGAAGACGAACCAACCAAAAAUGAUCCUCAAAUACCUGAACCUCAAGAAAAAACGCCGGAUUCUACAGAUGAAUCUUCAACGUCUUCGAGCUGUAGCACAGACCAGAACCGGCGUUCAGCAUCCAGAUCUACAAACAAGAAACGAUCGGCAGUCGAGCCACUACAGCGUCGAAAGUCGAGAAAUUUACAACUUUAUCAACCACUUAUGCAACGUUCUGAAGUCGAAACUGUAGUUGCUGCUAGUUCUUCGAGGUAUAACCAUCUUAACGUUAGUGAUCCACAUCAAGGGGAGAGAGACCUUCAGUUAGCUUGUUGCACGGGGUCUGCGGACGAAUGCUCUGGCUUAAACAACACACAGUACUCGUAUUACGCGGAUGACAUAUCUGAGCUUUAUACGCAACAGUUUAUCAGUUCCGCAUUCGAGUCAUGGACCUCUGGAAAUUUCAAUUGGCCAAUUAUCUCGUGUGAUGUUACUGCACGACCCUCCAUUGGUUGCAGCGAAGUGCCACCACAUGAAUACGCUGGGUUCACACACGGAUAUGUUGCGUCAAGUGGAUACGGCUCUAGGACAACGCGUCCCGAUUGGUCGACACUGCCGUAUCUAGCGGUGGCUAAAAUUUUGAGUUACCUUCACCUGAGAGACCGAUAUAUGGCAGCAAUCACAUGUAAAUCCUGGCUGGCCGCCCUGCGCUGUCCCGAGGUGUGGCAGAGCUGCGAGUUGCGGCUGCAGCGCAGCACGCCGGAGCGCAUGGGCACGCUGGCGAGCCACGUGGGGCGCCACGUGCGCCGGCUGACGCUGCACGUGACGCAGAACUGCGGCCCGAGGCACGCGUGCACGACGGCUGCGCGCGGCAGCGGCCGCAGCUGGUGGUGCGCGCAGCGGCAGUCGCGCUGCGCGGCGCAGUGCCUGGGCGCGCUGCGGGGCGGCGGCGUGUGCCGGUUGCAGCUGCUGCGCGUCUGGGGGCUGCGCAGGUUCGCCGAGUGGCGCGACGGCCGCGCCACGGGCCGCAUCAUCUGCGCCCUCGCUCGCUUCCUCCACGGGCAGACGCAGCUGCGCAUGCUGCAGCUGCGCGACGCGGCGCUGGCGGGCGAGAACGCGCUGUGGCUGGUGCGCGCCGCCGCCUACCGCAGCGCCGCCACGCUCGUCGACGUGCGCCUCGACGGCGCGCUCGGCGCCGAGCUGGACGCCAUCUCGCUCACGCUGCUGCCCUUCCCGCUGCCGCACAUGGCGCUGCACCCGCUGCGGUCGCUGCGCAGGCUGUCGCUGUCGCCGUGCCAGCUGUGCGACCACCUGCUGGGCGCGCUGCCCGGCUCCCUGGUGCUGCUGGUGCUGGUGGCGCGGCGCGACGACCCGCCCGACCCCUGCCUCGUCUCCACCGACGCCUGGACCGCCGUCUCGCGCCGCCUGCCCGCGCUCACGAUCGAGCUCGUGCUCGUGGGCGUGGUCUCGGUGGGCGGCCUGGGCUCUCUGCUGCCGGAGGAGGGCGUGUCGGCGCCGGUGGGCGUGCUGCGGCUUGAGCCAGCUACAGCAGUCGUGGCGUCGCCCUGUGGAGGCAACGCCCGCCAGGACGCGCUCGGAAGACACCACGUUUGA